UAAUAACAACAAUAAUUAAUAGAUAAUGAUUUGUUUUGUUGUAUACAAUUAUCUUUCAUUAUAUUAACCAUAAUACAUUAUUUAAUUACAUUAUACAUACGUUAAACACGUUUUACACAUUGUACGAUACAAUUCAAAGUGUAAAACGAAUAACAGGACUAAAGCAACGUUGAUGUCAGAUUUCCCUAAUUUUAACGAUUAUAUAAUAAUUGUGAAAAAUAGAUAGUCGUGAUACGUAUAAAGGAAAAUAAACAUUAUAAACUAUAAAUUACAAUAUAGUUAAUAUAUUAAGCAAACGAUUUUUUUAAACUGAUUAACCUGUUGAAAUUUUACUUAAAAUAUUACGAAAUAAAUCAUAAUUAUGACUACUCCAUCAUCUACAACCAGUCAAAAACACAAAGCGUUCUCUGGAGAACCAAUGCGAGACAAACCAGUAGAAGAUCUUGCUGGUAUUGGACCUGUAUUAGCAGGCAGACUGAGAGAACAAGGUUUCAACAAAGCUUACAAUGUAUUGGGUCAAUUUCUUCUUUUAGAAAUGGAUCAAGAAUUAUUCUGUGACUGGUUAAAAGAUAUAGCGAAAGCUAACUCAAAACAAUCAAAAGAUUGCCAUGCUUGCUUAAAAGCAUGGUGUGAUGAAUUUUUGUAGAUGAAUAUUGUAGUUUGCAAUAAUAAUUCUUAAUUCUAAUGUUAUGUUUUGGUUCAUUAAAAUUGUGUGUACUAAUUAUUUAA